AUUUGAACCUGCUAAACCCUGCAAACUUUUUAUCAUCAUAAUUAUCUUUAUUUUCCAGGUAAGAUAGAUGGUAAGGUAUAUGCUACCAGUGUGCAGUCCUUUGUGCUCGUGUCAUAGGUUUUUCUGACUUUCAUCAUUAACAUUAGCACCACUGCACAAGAUCUUUUUUUUGGUCAAUAUUUAGAUGAAUUGUAGCAGCGUAUGGAAACUGAGGGAAUUACAAUUCUACCAUACAUGUUUUUAAACAUGUUUCCCAGUACAAUAGAUGAAUGAGCUAACUGCAGCACAAUCACAUAUUGUUUUAAGGUUAAAAUAUAAGAUAUGAGUGAAUAUGUUUUUUUUAUCUUGUUAGCGGAUAAUAAGAUUUUUGGAAGAUUUGUCUGACUAUGAGAUGGAAUCACACAAGCUAACAAUCCACCUGGUGUUAAAAUUAUAAACUUCCUUUGUCACAACAGUCAGUAUCAUGCUGUGGUACCACUUGUGGAUUAAGUACACUCACUGUCUAUAUAUUGGAGGAAAGUAUGAGAACCUCAUUAUUGCGUGUGUCAAACAAGGUAGUACCUUUCUCCCAUUCUUUUUGCAGCUAUUAUUUCUGUACCUGUAUUUCCCUGCAGGCAUUUGCAGUGUAUCGUCAGCCCGCCUCUUUGCGCUGAGACCAGUCUGGAAGGGAGCACAGAUCAGUCAGUAACAUUACAAUGGUGGAGUCCUACUCUGCGUGCUACAAUGAACAUUAACUUCCUAACAGCUUUACUCUGUACCUGCACCUGGAUCUCCGUCUCGCCCUCCGAGUUUCGUACUGUGGAGGUCCGGUCCGGCAAAGAAGCUACACUGCUGUGUAACAACUAUACCAGUUUUCCCGUUCACAUAUUCUGGUUCAGACUAGGCAACGGACCCAACACCAGCUGCAUCUCCUCCAUGUUCAGCUAUGACACCAAUGCCUCGAUCUGUGGUGGAUUUCUAAACGGAAGGUUUAAGAUGACGUCCAACGUCAGUACAAUCUUUCUCCAAAUCAUGCAAGUGGAGGUACCUGACUCUGGACUCUAUUCGUGUGGAUUUCUCACAAACAUACACUCCAGACAACUCCCAGUAGUUGUCAGUGCAACAUAUUUAAAGGUUCAUGAUGAGUCUGAUGAGCAAACACAUCUGACAAGUGUGAUCCUGGGCAGUGUGAUUACCUUCCUCAUUAUAAUCAUCAUUGCUCUGGUUCUGAAAAUCUGGAAACGUCAUAAAGCACAUGAAGAGGGACAGGAUCCGCAGCACAGUGAGAAUCCGGCCUCGAAUGACUUGAACUAUGUUGCACUGAGUUUCCUUCCAAAGACGGGGCGGAGUAGAGGGCCUGCGUCCAAGAGAGAGCUGGAGACGGAUGUUGUAUACGCUGCUGCCAGAUGAAGUCAGGGAACGACUGGAACAGCAGCUCAGAGUGGAACUGAGGCCCUGUCAUCAACAUGCGUUUGUGGAUGGGAGGGAGUUACGAACACUACGACUAGAUUUUGAACAAAAAUGUGUUCAUGCAAAAUCAUUAAAUUCUCUGCAACAAUUUUUUAAACUUGGUUAAAAUUAAGUUUUUAUCAUCCCAUUAUACAUCUUUAUCUGAGUGCAAAAGAAUUUGAUUGAUGGGCCAAGGCAUCAAUGACUGUCCACAUCCCUUACAGUGAGAGUUAGAUGGAGGUCUGGAGCACAUCACUUGUUUGACAGUUAGAGACGAAUCACAGCUGAGGGGGAACAUUUCAAAAAAAAAAACUCUGUAAGAUCAUCUGAUUGUGAAACUGAACAUCUGAGCGCUGGCUGACCGCAAACAGUUCGAUGGAAAACAAGCAACCUCUGCAUGAGUAGUUUCUGAAACACAUACAGAGACAGAGGAGUGGAAUAACUUUAGAUUUGUCACCUGUGAGUCUAUAUUUAUAUAUCGCACUUUCCACUGUGUUAAAAAAUGAAGCUGAAAACUAAAGCAAUGGUCACAACCACAGAAAGACUGACCUUCAGCUCAAUGCAUCAUAACCACAAACAACAAGAGCUGGUUAUUUCCAAAGAGCGACAUCGUCAUUUUUGGUUCAUUGUGACACUGUAGUGGGUCAGAGGGCUGAGUAGGCGGUCCUUCAACGUGGCCCAGCCAGGACACAUCAUGCUGAGUGGCUCGGAUCUGAAAUGCGUCCUCAAUGCGUCUCGGGUGCGUUCACACCUGCACUUAGAGCCGUCCACUUGUGAUCGGAUCACCCAGGAUGGGUGUUCAUAUAAAGUCUGUAUCCUGGCUCUGAUCGUACGGACUAUUUAAAAAAAUAUUUCAGCAGGUUUUACUUUAUUUUAUUUCUAUAUUACUAUGUAUGUAACUAUCUCUCUCUCUCCUCUCCCCCUCUUUCUGCCCACCCUCCUCUCACCCCAACCGGUCUCGGCAGAUGGCUGCCCACAAAUAAGUCCGGUUCUGCUAGAGAUUUCUUCCUAUUAAAAGGGAGUUUUUUUUCUCCUCCACAGUCGCCAAGUGCUGCUCAUUGUGGGAACUGUUGGGUUUUCUCUGCAAUACUGUGAGGUCUCCACCUCCCUAUGUAAAGUGCCUUGAGACGAUGCAUGUUGUGAUUUGGCGCUAUGGGUUAAAGGUAGGGUAGGCGUUUUUCAUGAGAAGCACUUUCUGUCAUAUUACUUGAAACUCGCGUAACAAACCGAUAGUGAUGAAUACAUUGAAUGAUCCGACACUGAAACGAAAACAAUCCCUCAUCUGUGGUAAGUAUAACUCAUGCUAUGUUCAAUGACACGAUGGUUUAUGGUUAAUUGGUGUUUGUUCUCCUGACAUCUGGCGUUUUUGAAAGAUCAUGAUAUUAGUAUUCUUCAUAUUUACUGCCAGGGCCCAGUUCUGACAGUACUUUUCUACUAUGUCUUGUUCAGUAGGAGACAGUAGAACAAGGUCAUCAGCAUAAAGCAGAGGACUUCACCUCUCUAUCUAGGAGUGAGAGGCCAGGAGCAGCACUUUGAUCCAAUUCAACAGCAAAUUCAUUGAUGUAAAUAUUAAAUAAAGUUGGACUUAAAGUGCAACCCUGCCGAACACCUCUUCUCUGGGUGAAGAAUUCAGUUUGUCUGUCUCCAAUUUUAACAGCAGACAUUUUUCCGAAUACAUUGAUUUAACCAGACAAGUUUUUCCCCCUAUACCACAGUGUAGAAGUCUGUAAAAGAGCCCUUCAUGCGAAAUCGAGUCGAAAGCUUUCUUGAAAUCAAUAAAACAA